CGCAGUGCAUGAUGGUCGUUGUGCCGGUGCUAUCCUGCUCGGUAUGAAUGUGUGUUAUUCUGCUCACAGUCCCAUCAGUGUUCAUGUGAUGUUGAAGAGGAGAUAUAUCGACCAGAGCGCUUUACAAGUCAGCUAGCCUCCUGGGAGGCGAGCCCCAAUGCCAUGGCCUCCAGUAACAGCUCCUCCCCAGUGCCUCGCCCUGCAGGUGGGGGUCGAGAUGGGAUGCACCGGAAGGAGCAUGGCUCCUCGCCUCUGCGCUGCCGGGCCGUUCGCUCCUUACCGGACGUUUGCCCCAAGGAACCAACGGGUGAGGGGCGGAGCCUGUGCAACGGUCCCUCCGUUGUGGCGGAACACGACCGAUGGACGGUGUACAGUUCAAAGGUCAACCUCCCCGCAGCGCUAAAUGAUCCCAGGCUGGCCAAACGAGAGUCGGACUUUUUCACCAAGACAUGGGGGCUGGACUUCACAGAGACCGAAGUCAUGCCUUCCUUCCACCUGCCCAACAUCACCCGGGAACACUUCGGGCCAUACUCGCAGGAAAUGAGUCAGAGAGAACGAAUCCACGACCGCUGCAAGACGAUCUGUCCCAAUAAAGACGAUGUGGAUGCAGUUUCCAGUGUCACAUCCAACAGCGAAAAAUCCAGAGCCGAGCUAGAACAAGUUCCAAAGAUUUUUAUGAGGCCAGAGUUUGCUUUGGAGGAUCCGGCUACUUUCAACACUGUGCUGCCUUGGUCACACUUUCACAGCGCGGGGGGGAAAAGCCGAGACGUGGCUUCUUCUAAACUGCUUCAGGAAAAGCUGAGUCACUACCUGGACGUAGUGGAGGUCAGCAUCGCCCGGCAGAUCUCGCUGCGCUCCGAGGCGUUCUUCCACGCCAUGUCCUCACAGCACGAGCUGCAGGACCAGCUGCAGGAGACGCAGCGGGCGGUGGCCGUCCUGCGGAGCCGGACGGCGGCGAUCGACCGGGUCAUGUGCCAGGGGCCCCUCCGGGCCCUCCGUACCGCACUGACUCGCAACAACUGCGUGAAGCUGCACAACAAACUGAAGCUGAUGGCGGCGGUCCAUCAAACGCAGCCCACCGUGCAGCUGCUCCUCUCCACCUCUGAGUUUGUGGGAGCUUUGGAGCUCAUCUCCACCACCAAGGAGGUGCUGCAGCAGGAACUGCAGGGAAUCCACAGCUUCAGACAUCUGGGCUCCCAGCUGUGUGAGCUGGAGAAGCUGAUCGACAAGAUGAUGGUGGAGGACUUCAGCAUGUAUGCACGCAGCGACCUGAACCGCAGUCUGAGGGAGGAGCCGCAGGUGCUGGAGAAGGUCCAUCUAUCAAAUGCUGCUUCUCAAAAGGAGCGUCUGGAGUCGCUGGCGUUGGGUCUGCUGCGGCAGAGGAAGCUGGACUUCCUGGAUAUCUACAGCGAUGAGAUGAUCUCAGCUGCUAAGGCCAUCGUCUCACAGUGUGUUGCAGACUGUGUUGUGCACAUGGAGGAAAUUGACACUGAAGUUAUCGUUAAGCUAGCUGACCAGAUGCGUCAGAUGACAUUCCCUCAGUGGUUCGAGGUGCUGGAAAACAUCUUUGAGAGUUUCCUUCUCUUCCUGCAGAGAAUCAAGGACACUUUAAACGUGAUCAGGAAUGUAGUUCUUCAAAUUCUCUCUUCGAACCACAAAAAUCGACUCCUUGCAGAAAGUAGUUUGGUGUCGGCGGGCCCAGAAGCCUCCCAGGGUCCGCUGGGCUCGCAGGGGGAAGCUGAGCUGGCUUAUCUCACCCAUGAAGGUUUGUUCAUCAGUGACGCGUUAAGUGAAGCCCAGCAGCAGGAGUCAGCGACUGCGGGUCAGGAUCAGCGCUCCGCAGCGGGCUGCAGGUUCCAGCAGAACCGGACUGAACCUGCGGCAGAGAGCGACUCUUCCAUGGGAUUUACAGAGACGUCUGCCGGCAGAGAACACAGCUUCAUAUCUGGAGACAACUUGAUGCCCACUGAGGCGGAGCUGAACCGCCUGAUCAAUGGCCUCCAGGAGCUGCUGCACAUGGCCUCCGACGUCAGCCACGACCGCUGCGUUAAAGUCCUCACUGCGAGAGCCAAGGACGGCUCCCUGGAGCGCCUGAGCUCGGCAGAGUUUGUGUCUCUGUCUCGGGCGGUGGAGCGCUUCGUCAGGGAUACAGAGGAGCUGUGUGGCAGGCGAAGCGUCUCCCUGAGGGGGGCGCUGCAGAGCCAGGCUAACCGGUUUGUCAACCGUUUUCAUGAAGAGAGAAAGACCAAACUAAGCCUCCUCCUAGACAACGAGCGCUGGAAGCAGGCUGAGGUUCCAGCAGAGUUCCAGGAUCUGGUUAACUCCAUCGCCGACGGCAGGAUAUCCCUACCUGAGCGCAAAAUGUCAGGCCAAGAGGAAAAAAAACCUGCAGAGUUUCUGCUCGUUAACGGACAGAAAUAUGCUGUCGUUGGAACUGUUUUGCUGCUGAUCCGGAUCUUUCUGGAAUACUGUCAGUGUGUGACCGACAUCCCGUCCAUCACCACAGACAUGUUAACUCGUCUGUCUGACCUGCUCAAGCACUUUAACUCCCGCAGCUGCCAGCUGGUUCUAGGAGCAGGAGCUCUGCAGGUCGUCGGCCUCAAAACCAUCACUACCAAAAACCUUGCAUUAGCAUCCCGCUGUCUACAGCUGGUGGUUCACUACAUUCCCAUCAUCAGAGCUCAUUUUGAGACCAAACUGCAGCCCAAACAGUUCAGUGUCCUCAGACACUUUGACCACAUCACCAAGGACUACAACGAUCACAUAGCGGAAAUCUCUGCAAAGCUGGUGGCCAUCAUGGACAGUUUGUUUGAGAAGUUUUUAUCAAAGUAUGAAGUGAAGGCCCCGAUGCCAUCAGUCUGCUUCAGGAACAUCUGCAAGCAGAUGGCCAAGAUGCAUGAAGCCAUCUUUGACCUUCUGCCUGAAGAACAGACGCAGAUGUUGUUUCUGAGGAUCAAUGCCAGUUUUAAAACGCACCUGAAGAGGCAGCUGGCUCGACUCGGGGUCAGUAAUGAUGGAGGACCGCAGCAUGGGCUUGUUGUUGUGGACGUGGCCUUCUACACCGAGAACAUCCAGGCCCUGAAGAGCCUCGAAAGACUCGACCUAAACAUGGCUGAGAUCUGGGAGCAGAAGAGGUGAUGGAGGAUCGGAACCUCCAGAUCAAACAAUUCGCCCGCACCCAGAACGGAGGGGCGACCUUGGCCGGGAGCGGGCGGGGGUGGACGAGGCCCCCUGCAGGGACCAAAAACACUAUUGUAGGAGCGGAGAGGCAGCAGGCUGGAGCCUCCUGCAGACUAUCACCACCUCAUCCCACUGUGUGCAGUUCAACAGAAAUACUAGUAAAUUAUUGGAGCGGGUUAAUGGGAGGAAGGAAGGAUGGAUGGUGGGCUAAUUUAUUUUUCUGACUUUUUUCUUAACUGGCUGUGACGGUAAAGGGGAUUUUCUUACUUUUUAUACUAACAAACAAGCAGCUUUGGGGGGGAAAAACCUGAAGAAGUUAAAACAUCUCGACUGUGAAAGCAUCAGAAACCUCAGCUUCGCCCCGUUUUUACCAAAGCAAAACAGUGUAGUGAUGUUGGGAUUCUGCUGCGUAACCAAUCAUUCAGCAGGGUUUUUAGCCGGCUGCUAUUCUGGCUAAAAUGUUGGCAGAAAUUUAAAGAAGGCAGAGUAAUCAGUCACAGGUGAGGGCUAACUGUCACACCGACAAAAACUCCGUCUGCGGCCGCUGUUAGCAGCUUUUCACUGGAAAAUUGUGAAACAGUUGAUGGGGUCGGAUUAAAUCCCCACAUUUUUAUGGUUCGGUGCGUUUAGUUCAGUAGCGGAGCAUUUCCCUGCCUCAGCUGCCUCUGAACAAUCAGUGAGAGGGAAAAUAGAGGCGCUUCGCUCUCCCACAAAGACAAAAGCAUCGAAAUCCAGGGAGAGGAAGCUACUCAAAAUUUGACGGGGAUGUGUGCUGCUGUGCGUUCGCUGCCAGUUUGAAAUCGGUGAACUGGAAAACAUCUGAGCACAUCUGUCUCCUGUUUGACGCUGAAAGCAUGAACGCUCGUCACUGUUUGCUUCAGAAGUGCCUCUUUUACGAACGGCUGUUAGAGACCACGCAUCAGAGCCGAGUGCCUACCAUACCACUGUGUGUCUGCAUGGGAGAGGGAACGCCUGAGUCCAGGAGCACGUAUGAGAGUCCAAACCGCCGUGAUUUUCAAUCCUGCUGUGAAUAAAAUGGAAUGAUGGAUGAUUACA